AUAUUUUCUCCACUGUGAGAAUGUAAGAUGGACCCAGAAGAGCAGGAGCUGUUAAAUGACUACAGAUACAGAAGUUACUCUUCAGGGAUUGAAAAGGCUUUACGAAAUUUUGAGUCCUCCAGUGAAUGGGCCGAUCUCAUAUCUUCACUAGGCAAGCUCAACAAGGCGCUGCAAAGCAACCUGAAGUACUCCCUGCUGCCGCGCCGGCUGGUCAUCAGCAAGAGGCUAGCGCAGUGCCUGCAUCCCGCCCUGCCCAGCGGCGUGCACUUGAAAGCUCUGGAAACCUACGAGAUCAUCUUCAAAAUCGUGGGCACCAAAUGGCUGGCCAAGGACUUGUUCCUGUACAGCUGCGGGCUGUUUCCGCUCCUGGCAAACGCGGCCAUGUCUGUGCGGCCUGUGCUCCUCGGCCUGUAUGAGAAGUAUUUCCUUCCGCUGCAGAAGCUGCUCCUGCCCAGCCUCCAGGCCUUCCUCGUGGGCCUGCUGCCCGGCCUGGAGGAGGGCUCCGAGAUCUACGACAGAACGGACGCCCUGCUGCUGAGACUGUCGCUGGUGGUGGGCAGGGAGGUGUUCUACACGGCGCUGUGGGGCAGCGUCCUGGCCAGCCCGGCCAUCCGCCUCCCGGCCUCGCUCUUCGUGGUGAGCCACAUCAACAGGGACUCGCCGGGCCGGGAGCAGAGGUUCAUGCUGGGCACCGACCAGCAGCUCACGGUGAAGUCACUGUGUGCCUCCCUGUUGGACUCGAAUGUGCUUGUGCAGAGAAACAAUCUGGAAAUCGUUCUGUUUUUCUUCCCGUUUUACACCUGUCUGGACCCCAAUGAAAGGACCAUUCCCCUGCUCAGAGCCGACAUUGUGCACCUCCUCUCGGCCGCCACCCAGACCCUGCUGCGGAGGGACAUGUCCCUGAACAGAAGACUCUACGCCUGGUUGCUAGGUUCAGAUAUUAAAGGAAAUACCAUUGUGCCCGAAACUGACAUCUCAAAUUCUUAUCAAGACCCGUCCUCUUAUUUUUUUGAAAAGUUCUCCAAGGAUCUUUUAGUUGAGAGUCUGGCCCAGAUACUGCACCAGAAGUUCCUGGACACAGAUGUCGAGGAGCGGCACCAUGCGUACCUGAAACCUUUCCGCAUCCUGGUCAGUCUGCUCGACAAGCCCGAAAUAGGCCCUCAGGUGGUCGAGAGUCUGUUCCUCGAAGUCAUCAGAGCCUUUUACUCUUACUGCAGAGACGCCCUUGGCUCUGAGCUCCACCUUAGCUACACUCCGAGUGGGAAUCUGCUGACCAGUACAAUCAAGGAAAACAAAAAUGCCUCUGAGAUCGUCAAGACGGUGAACUUGCUGAUCUCGUCACUGAGCACCGACUUCCUCUGGGAUUAUAUGACCAGGUGCUUCGAGGAGUGCUUCAGACCAGCGAAGCCGGAUAACACUGCCGGGAAACCCGUCGGGCCUCCGCCCACCGUCUCGGAGCUCUGCACUCUGCUCGUGUUUCUCCUGGACGUCAUCCCCUUGGAGCUCUACUCGGAGGUACAGACCCAGUACCUCCCGCAGGUGCUGGGCUGCCUGCUGCGGCCUCUGGCCGAGCAGGUGGAGGCCUUGAGCUUGCCUGAGCUCACACACGCCCUGAAGACGUGUUUCAAGGUGCUCAGCAAGGUCCAGAUGCCGCCCUCCUACCUGGACACGGAACCUGCAAGCGGAGGCUUGAGUCCGGUAAAAGGCGAACAUGGCGAAAUCAUUUUAGAAACGAAGGCAGUGGUGGCUGGUGAUGAGGAGACGCCGUUCCCCCCUCUGAAGUCUGAGGACAGCGGGAUCGGGCUCAGUGCCUCUUCGCCGGAGCUGUCCGAGCACCUGCGUGUCCCUCGGGUCUCUCCGGAGAGAGACGACAUCUGGAAGAAGGGGGGCAGCAUGCAGAGGACGCUUCUGUGCAUCCAGGAGCUCAUCGCCAACUUCGCCAGCAAGAACAUCUUUGCGGUGCCAGCACCCGCGCCCGGAGAGGAAAGCAGGUCUGAGGAGCCCGCAGGGAGGAGAGGCAAGGGCGCGGCGCCGAGAACCGGGGCCAGUGACUCCGGCAGGAAGAACUCGUGGGAGACCAAGCCCGUCACCGUGCCCCAGUUUAAGCAGAUACUGUCAGACCUGUUCACGGUGCACGGGUCUCUGUUUAAGACAAAAAGUUCGGAGUCACCGACAUCUCUGCCCAGUAGCCCGGGCAGGAAGACAGGAGGAGGAUGGGAGGCUGACCGCGUGGUCCUUGACCUGGGGGGCUCCAAGGAGCACUGCAGGGAAGCCUUCGCCGCCGCCUGCCAUCUGCUGCUGGACUGUGCCACCUUCCCCGUGUACCUGUCCGAGGAGGAGACCGAGCAGCUCUGCGAGACGCUAUUCCAGCCCCCAGAGGCCAGCGAUCCCAACUUUCCACCCUGGCUGAGGUCCCUGAUGACCAUUUGCUGCUGCGUGACCGACUGCUACGUCCAGAAUAUAGCCAUCUCCACCCUGCUGGAGGUGAUCAACCAUUCCCAGUCCCUCGCACUGGUCAUCGAGGACAAGAUGAAGCGCUGCAAAAGCUCCGGGCACAGCCCGUUCUUUGGCAAGCUGCAGAUGGUGACAGUCCCGCCCAUCGCCCCCGGGAUGCUGAAGGUCAUCGCGGAGGACACAGACUUCUAUCAGAGGGUGGCACGCGUGCUGUGGGAUCAGCUGAACAAGGAGACCCGGGAGCACCACGUCACCUGCGUGGAGCUGUUCUACCGGCUGCACUGCCUGGCCCCAUCUGCCAACAUCUGCGAGGACAUCAUCUGCCAUGCGCUCCUGGACCCUGACAAGGGCACGCGGUUGGAAGCCCUCUUCCGAUUUUCCGUGAUCUGGCACCUGACCAGGGAGAUCCAAGGCAGCCGAGUGACGUCCCACAAUCGCUCCUUCGACAGAUCCCUGUUCGUCGUGCUCGACAGCCUGGCCUGCGCGGACGGCGCCAUCAGCACGGCGGCCCAGGGCUGGCUGGUGCGCGCGCUCUCCCUGGGGGACGUGGCGCGCAUCCUGGAGCCUGUGCUCCUGCUGCUGCUGCAGCCCAAGACCCAGCGGACGUCCAUCCACUGCCUGAAGCGGGAGAACUCGGCCGAGGACUUGCUUCGUUGGUUUCACAGGAAGAAACCUUCCUUCAAAGAGGCCAGCGGGGCCUCCGAGCUUGCGGAAGGUGGCUCCGAGGAGCACCUGCCCCUGAGCCAGUUCACCACAGUGGAUCGCGAAGCCAUCUGGGCUGAAGUGGAGAAGGAACCCGAGAAGGGCCUACCUCGCAGCGAGCUGAGUGAGGAGGACCUGCCCUACUACGUGGGCCUCCCCGACAGGGCGGCCCCCAGCGCCCCAGACAGUAGUGAGCACACUGAGUCUGCAGACACGAGCUCCGCCCACACAGACAGUGAGAACACGUCCAGCUUCUCCUCCCCGUCCCAUGACCUGCAGGACCUGAGCCUCGAGGACAACUGCUGUGCGCCCAUCCCCGUGGGGGGCAGGGUGCAGCCCAAGUGCUCAGCCUUGCUGGCAGCCUUCCAGCCCGAAAGCCUGAAGUCCAGUGCCAAAUUGAGCCUGGUGCGCGCGGACUCAGACAAGACGCAGGCUUCAGAGUCGCUGUCCAGCGACGAGGAGGCGGACUUGGAGCUCCAGGCCCUGAGCACAUCUCGGCUGCUGAAGCAGCAGAGGGAAAGGCAGGAGACGCUCGAGGCCCUGUUUAAGCACAUCCUGCUCUACCUGCAGCCCUACGACUCCCGCCGCGUGCUGUAUGCCUUCUCUGUGCUGGAGGCUGUGCUCAAAACCAACCCCAAGGAGUUCAUCGAGGCCGUGUCCAGGACCAGCAUGGACACCAGCUCCACCGCGCACCUCAACCUCAUCUCCAACCUCCUUGCGCGCCAUCAGGAGGCCCUGGUUGGCCAGAGUUUCUACGGGAAGCUGCAGACCCAGGCGCCCAGCGUGUGCCCCCACUCGCUGCUCAUUGAGCUCCUCACCUACCUCUGCCUGAGCUUCCUGCGCUCCUACUACCCUUGCUACCUGAAGGUCUCCCACCGGGACAUCCUGGGCAACCGAGAUGUGCAGGUCAAGAGCGUAGAGGUCCUGAUCCGCAUCGUGACGCAGCUGGUGUCAGUGGCCAAGUCCUCGGAGGGGAAGAGCAUGGAGUUCAUCCACAGCCUGCUGCAGAGGUGCAAGGUCCAGGAGUUUGUGCUGCUGUCACUGUCAGCAUCUAUGCACACAAGCCAGAAACGCUACGGCCUGGCCACUGGUGACUGGGGCCGGGCACCUGCGGAAGACAGCCUCCUCGAGGAGAGCCUCAUCAACCUGGGCCAGGGCCAGAUUUGGAGCGAACACCCACUGCAGAUCGAAUUGCUCAAGCUCCUGCAGGCGCUCAUUGUCUUAGAGCACCGGCUGGGCCAGGGCCAGGCGGACGCCGAGAGCCAGCCGGCGCUGUCCCGGGAGUGGCAGAAGGCACUGAAUUUCCAGCAGGCCAUUGGCGCCAUGCAGUAUGUGCAGCCCCACCCUCUCACCUCCCAGGGCCUGCUGGUCUUGGCAGUGGUUCGGGGCCUACAGCCCGCCUACGGCUAUGGCAUGCACCCUGCCUGGGUGAGCCUGGUCACGCAUUCGCUGCCUUACUUCGGGAAGUCCCUGGGCUGGACGGUGACGCCCUUUGUUGUCCAGAUUUGCAAAAACCUGGAUGAGCUAGUCAAGCUAUAUGAAAGUGAAUCCGUGAAGCUCUCCAUCAGCACAACCUCCAAGAAGGAAAACAUUUCUCCAGAUUAUCCACUCACUCUUUUGGAAGGUCUGACAACUAUUAGUCAUUUUUGUCUUUUGGAACAACCAAACCAAAACAAAAAGACUGCUGUGGCGAGUGACCCUGCCAGCCUGCGCAAUGCCAGGAAUGCCAUCUUGGAAGAGCUUCCACGCAUCGUUAACACCAUGGCCCUUCUCUGGAAUAUGCUGAGAAAGGAGGAGACACAGAGAAGGCCCACGGACCUCCUGGGGGCCACCAAAGGGUCCUGCUCUGUCUACUUCAAAAGCACCAAGGGCCGUAAUUCAGGAAAACUUGUUCAGCGGUCACCUCUGAUCCCAGAACCUUAUCUCGGCACCAUCAGACAAAAAAUUCUAGACUUCUUAAACCCCUUAACAGCCCACCUUGGAGUUCAGCUGACAGCUGCGGUAGCAGCGGUGUGGAGCCGAAAGAAAGCCCCACGUCACAGUAAGAUGAAGAUCAUCCCACCGGCGAGCACGACCCAGCUCACCCUUGUCGACCUGGUCUGCGCACUCAGCACCCUGCAGACUGACACGGUGCUGCACCUGGUGAAGGAGGUGGUGAGGAGGCCACUGCAGAUCAAGGGGGACGAGAAAUCGCCCCUCGUGGAUAUCCCUGUGUUGCAGUUUUGCUACGCUUUUCUGCAAAGGCUCCCAGGAUCAGCCUUGCAAGAAAACUUUCUCUCGCUGUUGGGCGUCCUGAAGGAAUCUGUGCAGCUGAACCUGGCGCCCCCUGGGUAUUUCCUGCUGCUCAGCCUGCUGAACGACUUUGUAACCAGAACGCCCAACCUGGACAGCAAAAAGGAUCAAAAAGACCUGCAGGAGAUCACUCAGAAGAUCCUGGAAGCCGUAGGAAACAUCGCUGGCUCUUCCUUAGAACAAACCAGCUGGCUCAGUAGGAACCUAGAGGUGAAGGCCCAGCCGCAGGUCGCUCUAGAAGAAUCAGACACGGAAGACAAUCUGCACGAUGCUGCCGCGGCUUCGGCCAUGGUGUCGGCGUCCGUGCCCUCUGUUUACAGCGUGCAAGCGCUCUCUCUCCUGGCGGAGGUCCUGGCUUCUCUCCUGGACAUGGUUUAUCGAAGCGAUGAGAAAGACAAAGCCGUGCCGCUGAUCUCCCGCCUGCUUUAUUACGUUUUUCCGUACUUGCGCAAUCACAGUGCCUACAACGCGCCGAGCUUCCGGGCCAGCGCCCAGCUGCUGAGCUCGCUGAGCGGCUACGCCUACACGAAGCGGGCCUGGAAGAGGGAGGUGCUGGACUUGUUCCUGGACCCCGCUUUCUUUCAGAUGGAUACUUCCUGUGCUCAUUGGAAGUCCAUUAUUGACCAUCUUCUGACUCAUGAGAAAACAAUGUUUAAGGAUUUAAUGAACAUGCAGAGCAGUUCUUUAAAACUGUUCUCAAGUUUUGAGCAGAAAGCCAUGCUGCUAAAGCGCCAGGCUUUUGCUGUGUUCAGUGGAGAACUCGACCAGUACCACCUCUACCUCCCCUUGAUCCAAGAACGCCUGACAGACAAUCUCAGAGUCGGACAGACACCCCUAGUUGCUGCUCAGAUGUUUCUUUUUUUCAGAGUUUUGCUGCUAAGAAUCUCUCCUCAGCAUCUGACCUCUCUGUGGCCCAUCAUGGUCUCUGAAUUGAUUCAGGUAUUCAUACAACUCGAAGACGACCUGAAGGAGGACGAUGAGUCCUUGAGAAACAGCAGCAAAAUAAACAGAAAAAUUUCGGUGGCUGACGGAAACGGGCCCUCGACAGGGGAGAUGGCCCCGAGUGAACUCAUCUUGUAUUUGUCUGCUUGUAAAUUCCUGGACACCGCCCUCUCCUUCCCACCUGACAGGAUGCCACUGUUUCAGAUGUACAGGUGGGCCUUUGUUCCAGAAGUGGACACUGCAGGCCCUGUCUCCCCAUCUGACGUAGAAGAGCCUCACGAGGAAUGCAAACCCCACACCAUCAGGAUUCUAGAACUUCUGAGAUCAAAAUAUGGGGAAGUUGGAGGCCCUGAUGAGAUCUCCCCGAAGAGCAAAUUUCCACUGCUGCGCCAGCGUUCCAUCUCCAGCAUCAGGCAGCUGACGCCGUUCUUCCAGACUCUCAACUGCGCCUUCAAAACCCGAGCUCAGUGCCCGGCCGCUGGAUCCGGAUCCGGAGCGCCGUCCCCGGAGUCCCCUGGCCUGCGCGUCCUCAGGCAGCUGGAGGAGUGUGUGGAGUAUGACUUUUUGGAGCAUCCCGAAUGUUAACGUUUCUAGAAUCUGUUUAAUCCAUUCAUUGCUGCUUGGGUGGAAACCGCAAUGUGCUCGCAACAGAAAAGGCACAGGGUCGUGCUUCUCCACAACUCUAUUUCAAGUCUGAAGGUUCGUUUCAGAUCAUUUUCUGUUCAGCAGCAAAGCACACCUCCCCAGAUGCCUUGUGAUAUACCUGAAUCUCUCUCUGUGUUCCUGCCUCAAUCUGUGUGAUGGAAAUAAAGUUAAUGCACCCCCAGCAGCAGCACAGAAUCCAUGCCAGGACAUGGUGGAGGAAGAGAGCGGGCCAGGCGCUCUCCUUGUGGAAGCCGAGGUCUGCAAGUUCAGGCUUAUUAAAAGGAUGUUAUUUUUAAUGCUUCCCACAAACGUCCUUUACGGUAUUUAUUUUGAUACUACAUUUUAAAGUGAAAAUGUAUGGUUUUCUGAGAAUGAUAAUUGCUUCUCACCUAUGAGCAGAGCUAAGCACAUAAAUAUAUCUCACUUUCUCCAA